AUAAAGGAAGGAAACACAGACACACGGGAAGAAAUGGGGAAGGAAUAUAGUAUACAAAACUCACAACCCUACUCACAGCCGUACGCAAAAUCACACAGGCAUCAAGAUGAAGUUCUUUGUGCUGGCGAUGCUGUGGGCAUGUGCUGCAAGUCUCGAAGAUCUGACAGGUAAAAUGCUCACCUUCCCAGCAGAAAGCAACACAGCUCACGUAAAGCUGAAUUCAUCAAAAGACGAUUUCAGUGCUGUAACCGUCUGUCACAGAACCUUCACAGAUCUCAACAGGGACCACGUGCUGUUCUCUAUGGCCGUAUCUUCUUCUUCUAAUGCCUUCCUGCUUUUCUGGGAUAACACCAACAAGGAGAUUGAGCCACAUGUCAAGGAAGCAAAGGCAGAAUUCCGAGGGUUUGACUACAAGCUAAACAUGUGGCACUCUAUCUGCGCAACCUGGGACUCCAAGUCUGGACUAGUGCAGCUGUGGUUUGAUGGGCUACCUUCAAUUAAGAAGUAUGUCAGCUCUGGAUCAAACAUCAGAGGACGUCCUAUCAUUAUUCUAGGACAGGAGCAGGACAGCUACGGCGGAGGGUUUCACGAUAAGCAGUCCUUUGUGGGCAUGGUGUCCGACGUCCACAUGUGGGACUACGUUCUGUCGUCCUGCGAGAUCCAGCGCUAUUUGAACGAACUGAACUUCACUCCGGGGAAUGUGCUGAACUGGGCGGCGAUGGAGCUCCAGCAGAUAGGCAGAGUGGUGACAGAAGAAAAAUUCAUGUCGUGUCACUGAAUUUUUAAAACAGGAUCUUAGAAUGUCAACGACAACAAUUCACUCCUUGUCACUGUUGAUUAAAGGAUAGUGUGUGUCAUUUUUUAAGUCUGUCAAUGCAGUGCACUAAUCGAGAUCUCUAUUUAGCAUGACUGUGCUGGUAAUAAAUUUGCUGCCUUUUCUGUGCAAAACUGUGUUCAGCAAUAAUAAAACAGUACAACUGACAAGCCAAAGCAAUUUAUGUUAGAUCACCAUCCAUUAAAAGGUAGUUUUGGAUGAUUUUAUCAUAUUAUGUUUAGGUUUGUUGGAUUAUUUUACCUGUUGAUACCACGAAAAGAUCCCUUUUUAACACUUAACCGGAAUCUGCCGUCCUUUCUGAGCACAGCUGUAUUCCAAUGUUCAGCCAAAGGUGUAAUAAAGCAGUUUGACUGAGGUAA